GGUUAUACAGCUGAUUGCUUUACUGUCUAGUAGAGCACAUCACGGUCAAGUGACAGCCGCACAAACGGAUUCCUAACGUUAAUGAACUAAAUUUGUCAAUUCCAUUUCAUCUUUACUUAACUAAACCGCUACCUUAUUUAGUAGUCGGAGCUCGUUGGGGUCAGUAUGAGGACGUCAACAAGAGGGUUAAACAUUGCUUUCUACAGUCUGGUACCCCAAUGUUUGCCAAGUCAACACCGAGCUGUGUAUAUUGCUGCGCAGAGAGGGUAUUCCUGCACACACACAGCAGAAGCCUUUCGACCACUAGAGGGAGUCAGAGUUCUAGAUCUGACAAGAGUGCUGGCUGGUCCCUUUGCCACUAUGAUCCUGGGGGACCUCGGGGCUGAGGUCAUCAAAGUAGAGAAACCAGGAGCUGGUGAUGACACAAGGGCCUGGGGACCCCCUUUUGUCAAUACCGAAAGCGCUUAUUUCCUCAGUGUCAACCGCAACAAAAAAAGCGUGGCGGUGGACCUGAAACACUCUAGAGGAGCCCAGGUCGUCCUGGAGCUGGCAGCAGUGUGUGAUGUGCUCGUGGAGAACUACCUCCCAGGGAAGCUCCAUCAGAUGGGUCUGGGAUACGAGCACCUGAAAGCAGCCAAUCCAAAGCUGGUCUACUGCUCCAUCUCAGGUUUUGGGCAGACAGGCCCUCAGUCCAAAAGCCCGGGCUAUGAUUCCAUUGCGUCUGCACUUUCUGGGAUGAUGCACAUCACUGGACCAGAGGACGGUGAACCGGUGCGACCCGGCGUCGCCAUGACGGAUCUGGCAACCGGCCUGUACGCGCACGGAGCCAUCAUGGCUGCCCUGCUGCAGAGAUACAGGACGGGCAGAGGGGCGCACAUCGACUGUAACUUGCUGUCCUCACAGGUGGCCUGUCUCAGCCAUAUAGCCUCCAACUAUCUGAAUGCAGGGAAGGAGGCGCAGCGCUGGGGGACAGCGCAUGAGAGCAUCGUACCCUACCAGGGUUUCAAGACCAAAAACGGAUACAUCGUCGUAGCCGCCGGAAACGACAAGCAGUUUGUCAAAGUGUGUCACGUACUCCGCCUGACAGAACUAACAGAGGACUCAAACUACCAAACCAACAAACUCAGAGUGAAACACAGAAAACCUCUGUUACACAUUCUAUCCCAGAGGUUCCUUGAGAUGGAUACAGCUGAUUGGCUGAGGGAGUUUGAGGGGUCAGGUGUUCCCGUUGGACCAAUCAACAGCAUACAGGAAGUGUUUUCAAGCCCUCAGGUGAAGCACAACAACCUUAUUCAGGAAAUGAACCAUCCUACUGCGGGACCAAUCUCUGUGCCUGGUCCAGCUGUGCGUUUCAGCAGCUUUGAGUACAGCAGCCCCCCGCGCCCGCCCCCCCUGGUGGGCCAGCACACGGUGCAGGUGCUCAGGGAGGCCCUGUCCUACAGCGAUGAGGUCAUCGGCGGCCUGUUGGAGGCCGGGGCUGUGGCCCAGAACGAGCAGCUCUGACGGAGAGCGAAGGAGUGGGUGGGAAGUCCAAACAUUACAACAUCCACAUCUCAUCAUGCCCUCUGCAGGGAAAAAUCAAAAGAGGGGAAAUCCUGGAGAUGGGCGUUUGUUUUGGUUGUGGGGAAUCAAAUACAGAGAAUCAAGAAUGCAGCUUUUUAAACAUUUACGACCGCAGGAAGUGAAACGAGUGUGAACCAACACACAGAUACAGUACUAUCUAAAGAAUCUGAGAAUAAUAAUCAAAAAAAGGCUGAGAAAAUGCCAAUGUCACUUUUGGUUGAUUAUUAAAUAAACAAUAAUGAAGACGCACCAAGAUAUUUUCAAGAUGUGCUGUGAGAAUCUUUUUAAUUUUCAUCUUUAACGGUUUCAUCUUGCUUGACACCGCUCAAACAAAAUGGCCGAAGCACAGGGCCCAACAGGGGUCACCCAGGACCCCUUUGGGUCAGGAUAUACGUCCUAACUCUGUCACUCAGAACCUUGUCCCUUAACGCCUAGUAUUACACACAUGUUCACACAUUACGACCCAUUAGUGCAAUUCUCCUUGUAAACAAGCCAACACACCCAGGGAAACACACAGACCUGCCGCCUCUGUACCCCCCCCUGCCUCCUGUCACUCUCCAUCUCUUCGGUGACACAUUCUGGUAAGCGUCCUUGACAGUUUGUUAAUGGAAGCAGCCGCCUGCCGUCCGUCUGACAGCAGUCUGUCCCGUUGCGUUAGGGCUCUGUGGCGAGUCUAUGAGGCCACAGCGGCCAUGCGAGCGCGGGGUCGGCUCAUGACAGCAUGGGGCCGGUCCCUCACUGACACACGAUCUGCAUGAGGCUGUUGCUGGUUGUUAACAAGUUUGAAAGUGUUAAAUAGGGAUUCAAAGGUUGUUGUUUUUUAUAUUGCUAUUGCUUGAUUGUGUAUGCUACUACUCUUUCUAUACUCAUAAUAUUAAUUUUAUUAUGUGUUUUUUCAGACACACAAACAUAAACAGUGGACAAAGAAAAGAUAGAUUGACUCUAAACUGAAGUUUAGGGCACAAUCCCAUUUCUACCCCAAUCCCAUUUCUACCCCUCACCCUUUCCCCCUUACCCCUUCAAAACAAGGGGGAGGGGUAAGGGGAAGGGGUAAGGGGUAGAAAUGGGAUUUGGCCUAGGUCUACCUGGCUCAGUUGAACGUAGGAAUUAAACGAACCCUCUCUUUGGGCCUCGAAGCAACCAAUCGAAUAAUCGGAAGGUUUUUGUUUAAAAAAUCUACCGUCGGCCAUUUUGGGUCGUAACUGACUUUGAUUUACCCCAAAAAGCGGACCAGAAGAAACCCUCAGGAGCGAUGAAUCAUCGACGACACGUCUUGUCCCUCACCGGAAAACGGCUCAUCCUCUUGAGUUCUUUUCCCCGUCUCUCUAUUUCCUGAAUAAUCGUGGACGAGUUAAAGUGGAACGAGAGAGAGACAGAGACAGGGCCAGCGCUGUGAUGGAUGACUCCCCCUGUGGAUGUAUUGUUUACCGAUGUGAAGUCUCGCUGACGUGGUUUGGAACGCGUAGCGGUGAGGGUCUUGGGGGAGGGGAAGGACUUUUACGUUUUUGCGCAGGACGGGGCGCCCAAUCAGGGAGCAGGCGCAGCUCAGGUGUGUGAUUGGUCAAUCCCGGCGCUCUAAAAGAGCAGCUUUUAUUCACAUUUGGAAACCUUGUGGCUUGUAAUUUUUGUCUGAAAAAUGUAUCAUAUCUAAAUAAAUAUCUCUCAUACUUCA